AUGGUUAGGUUGGAGUUGAGAGUAGCUUCCCGUUCUCUCAGCAGCAUCAGCAGCAGCAGCAGCAUCAGCAGCAUCAGCAGCAUCAGCAGCAUCAGCAGCAUCAGCAGCAUCAGCAGCAUCAGCAGCAUCAGCAGCAUCCUCAUUGCCCGACCUUCAGUGAAGAUCCCGGCAUUUCGCAGGACUGUUGACAAAGCUGAUCCUGAAGUCGUGAUUCUUUUGCCCCGUGUAGACAUGGCUAUCUCUUGGAUCGGCCCAUCAGUGGCCGGGGUGGUAGUGCUCUGCUCUGCUGUCGUGUUCGUCCUAUGUCAGAGAUACAGGCCAGGGUUAAGAUCUAUCCCGGGACCCUUUGCGGCGUCUUUCACCGAUUUGUGGCGCUUCGUGGCCGUGUACAAUGGCAGGUUCGAACUGACUUCGCAGGCCCUGCACGACAACUAUGGCGACUUGGUUCGCAUAGGGCCGAAAUGCGUCAGUGUGGCCGAUCCCAGGGAGAUCAGACAGAUCUACGGUAUAUCGAGGCUCUUUCAGAAGCCGCUUGUCAACGGCAAACCGGUCACCUCGCUCUUCAUGAUCCUCGACGAGGACCAGCACAAGAUCGCAAAGCGACCGAUCGCGCACGCGUACGCCAUGACGAGCUUGCUGGAUUACGAGCCGUUUGUGGACAGCACGUUGCGGACGCUGGUCGAGCAGCUCGCACGGCUGUACGCGGACAAGGGCAUGGUGUGCGAUUUCGGCGAAUGGCUCCAGUGGUACGCGUUCGAUGUCAUUGGCGAAAUGACUUUCAGCAACCGGUUCGGCUUCCUCGAGCAGGGCCGUGACGUGGGCGGCAUCAUCAAGGCAUUGAACAAGGCUGGAACGUAUGUGGCAUUGGUUGGGCAGAUGCCCUGGCUGGACUAUCUGCUGGCCAAGAAUCGAGUCUGGGGAGGAGUUUUCGCAAAGGACAAGACGGGAAUCUCCAAGUUUGUCUUGCAGUUUUUGAAGCCGCGGAUCGAGGAGGCGGACAGGACACGACUUCUUUCAGACGGCGAGAAGACGCCGCUUGAGUUCAAGGACCGCACCGACUUCACGGCCAAGUUCAUCUCGGCCUUUGACAAGUAUCAUGGCUCGAUCCCCCAGUCGCAGCUGCUGGGCUGGUCACUGAGCAACAUCAACGCAGGAUCAGACACGACUGCCAUCGCCUUGCGCGCCAUCUUUCGUGAGUAUUCUCCCCGUCGCAUCAAGCAUAUGAUGUUGUGGAAGCUGACACCAGUUCCCCUGACAGAUUUUCUGCUCCUCAACCCCUCCGCCAUGGCCAGGCUGAUGGCAGAACUGGACUCGGCCAACUUGUCACCUCUUCCGCAGUGGCGCGAGACAAGCCACCUCCCUUAUCUGGGCGCGGUCAUCAAAGAGGCCCUACGUCUUCACACGCCCGUCGGUUUCGUUCUGGAACGCAUCGUUCCCAAAGGAGGAGUCACUCUCUGCGGCCACUUCUUCCCUGAAGGCACCAUCGUCGGCUGCAAUCCCGCCGUCAUCCACAGGGACAAGCGCGUCUACGGCCGACGGUACUCUGUCGAUUCAUACCGACCGGAGCGGUGGCUCGAGGCCGACGAGGAGGAAAGGGGCGAGAUGGAGAGGUGUUUUAUGGCCUUUGGGAGCGGCAAGAGGACGUGUAUCGGGAAAAACAUCAGUCUGCUCGAAGUGUACAAGUUGGUGCCGCUCCUUUUGAAGCGCUUCAAGUUCCGGCUCACGGAUCCCGACAAGAAGCUGACGAUCUGGAAUACUUUCUUUGUGCAUCAGAAGGGUUUGGAUGUCUAUAUCGAGACUGCUUAG